GGGUGAAAGAAACGCGUCCUAAACAAAUUGUCCUGGCCCACUACUUCUAAAGCUUCCGCAUCAAAUUACAACAGUGGUAUCAAAGCCACAAAUUCUAACACUUGCUCUUCUUACCGAUUGUCCAUCUUCAUUUCUCAAAUCUAAACCACUGCAUCCAUAGCCCUUUACUCCAAUGAAGGCAUCGUCAUCAUCCUCAUCGCUUCCAUCGGGGACACCAUCCUCAAGGCCACCGGAGUUCCUUAACUACACGUACGACGUGUUCUUGAGCUUCAGAGGUGAAGACACACGGAGGACCUUCACGGACCACCUCUACGCGGCACUAGUUCGUGCCGGAGUCAGGACGUUUAGGGAUGCCGAGGGACUAAGAAGGGGAGAAAACAUAGCGGAGGAUUUGGUGGAGAUAAUCCAAGGGUGUAGGAUCUCACUCAUCGUCUUCUCAGAAAAUUACGCGGAUUCGAGUUGGUGUCUCGAGGAGCUGGUGCAGAUCAUGGAGUGUAGAAAAACACAAAGGCAACGGGUUUUCCCAAUAUUCUAUCAUGUCGAUCCUUCACAUGUCAGAAACCAGACCGGUAUCUUUGCUCAUGCGUUUGAGAGACAUGAAGCCACAGUACAUCAAGGUAGAGAUAAGAUAGCAAGGUGGAGAGCUGCUCUUAGAGGAGCGGCGAAUUUGGCUGGCUUCGAUAUUGCUGAUAGGGAACUGAAGAGACUGAAGGACUCGCUCUAAAUUCACGAAGAUAUGACAACUUGAGAUUCAGUACAAAUGCAUUUAGAAAGAUGAGGGGACUGAAAUUGCUCCAACUCAAGUAUGUAAAACUCACUGGAGACUUCAACAAGCUUCCCAAGAAGUUAAGAUGGCUCUGCUUGCGAGG